GUUCUCUUUAGACAAUUAAUCAUCUCUGGAUACAGUUAUCCCAAAAUUGGUAGUUUGAAAGAAAAAAUACAUAAAAUAAAUUAAACUUUACCAAUAUAUCUGAAUUUACAUUUUCUUGUUGGACUUGGAAGACGCGUGUUCAAUUUACUGUUGAGUUACAAAGGAAUUGAAGGGAUCCUUGUGCUGUUUGCUAGAAGGAACAUUCUUUUCUUUAUCUUCUUUUUGUAUUUCUAUUUUUAGUGAUAAAUAGGAAAGAACCGAUCUUGAGACGCAUUCAUUAUGAGCAGACUAUCCUCUGUUUUUUCUCGGCCUUUUAUGCUGAAGCAGCUGGUUUGCGAUAACUUGUCGGUUCAAAAGCGGUACUAUCAUCGGAAAUCAAAACCUUUUUUGGUGCAGCUCUUGAGCAAUGAUACUCCAAAACUUGGUAAACUGGGAGAUGUAAUUCCAAUUUCUAGAGGGUAUUAUCGAAAUGUGUUGUUUCUCAAAAAGCAAGCACUUGCAGUCAGUGCUGUGGAUCUCAAAGGUGAAACAGAGCAAGAGUCUGCCUCAACAAAAGGACAAAAAAGGACUUAAAAGGUUGAUUGAUAUCCUCUUUGCUCUUCUCUGCAUCUUUGUGACAGGACCCUUACGAUCCUCUCCUUACUUUCAUUGAUUUCAAGUAUUUAUUUUUUGAUUAAGGGUAGUAACAGUUUAUGCUUUAAGACGGUAUUUUUCUUGACCAUAACGUUCUUCUGUUGAAAUAAGGAACUUGAAGUUGAUUCGUCCUGUUACAUUAUAAAUUCAUCGUUGGUAACACGAUAUUCAUUCGAGUCCAUUCUACCCAUGUCUAGUGUAGACGUUUUGCCAAUUAUGUUUUGUAAAUCAUUCCUGACUUUCAAAGUCUUUAAUUAAUUAAUUUCACUGUCUAUUGCUUAUGGUCAUAUAGUUAUUUUUGCAUUGUAGUGUACUUCAAUUAA